GGUGACAAAUGACAUUUAACGCUAAGAACUUAACCUCACUUUUGUCAUGUCUUGAAGCACUAAAUAAACCAAAACAAAUUUAACGAAAAAUAAAACAUUUUAGGCUUUAUUCUAUUAAAAUAAUCAUGACAGUGAAAGCACAGAAAGCCAGAGUUCUCGUAGAAGAUAAAAAUGUGGACUCAAGCGACUCGGAAGUUGAGUCUCAGCACUCAGAUUCUGAACAAAUCGAUGAUGAGAGCAUGCAGUUACUGAACGAAGGAUGGGCUGACUCAAUAGCGAAAAUCUUAAGGACCAACAAGCCAAAGAAGAAAAAGAGUCUUGUGUUAUCCAAGGCGAAGAAACUCACAGAUCCUGUAGUAAAGAGGAAAAAAGUGGGGGAGUUUGAAGUUCAAACUGCUGAAGGAGAGAUCAAAAAGGAGGAAGUCAUUGUGGAGGAAAAGGUGGAAUUAGAGGGACCACAAAAGAAGAAGAAAAGAGAACUGCCAAAACUAAGGGUAAAACCCGACAUCCUAGAAAAAGACAGAGAACGAACACUGCAGAAAAUCGCAACGAAAGGCGUGGUCCAACUAUUUAACGCGGUAAAAAUGCAACAAAAAGACAUCAGCAAGAAACUGGACGAGGCCGGACCGUUGGAAGUGCGAAAAGAAAAAGUCCUAAAAAAUAUCGACAAAAGGGCCUUCCUGGACGUGCUUAUGGGGGAGAAAUCUAGUAACGUAGACGAGGAAGUGAAAAAGAAGCCGGAGAAACAGGGCGAAUCGUGGAACGUUUUACGGGACGAUUUUCUGAUGUCUGCCAAGAUGAAAGAUUGGGAUAAGGAGGUGGAGAACGAGGAGGAGAGCGAAAAGGAAAUGGAGGUAGAGGAGGAUGUAGAGUCUGAAUAAAAACGUUUAAAUAACAA